AAACUUCAUGUUAUUGAAUGUCAAAAAAGUGAUGGAUUCAGACGAGGGUAGUCCCGAAAAAACCGGGCGUAGGACACGUUCCGGACGCACGGUUAAGGCUGCUGCUCCAGUUGCUCCACGUGCAACACGGCGUACUCGGCGAACAAACCCAGAUCCGGAACCUGAAAAUGAAACUGAGGAAGCUCAGGAAGAAGCACCAGUUUCUUCGUCAGAGGAUAAUGUGGUGCCGGAAUUGAGUGAGAAGGAAGCAACUGCUGAAGUUGAAGUGGCUCAGGAGAAUGCUCCGGAAGAAGUGCAUUCGGAGGAGGCUACUGUGGAGGAUACUGCGGGCGUUAUUGAGGGAGCUGCUGUUGAGAAUUUGGCUGAAGAUGCUCCUGAGGCGCCGGAAGACGAAAAGAGUUCUUCUUUUCCUUUUGGAGAGAUGCCCUCCGACGCAACGUCUCUCUAUGAGCAAUCCUCUGCUGACCGGGAGGAUGUGAACAAUAUCAAUCGAGAGUCAGGAGAUAAUCUCUUCUUUGCCAAUUUGGCUGCUGAGGAAAAUGCCAAUAGCCUGCCCUCAGGAGCUGAUGACACAGAAACUCGUGAGGAAGAGGACACCACGACCAAUACAGUCCAGGCAGUUCCAGCUGAAUCCCAGGAUGCUCCAAAGGAGGACAAGGAAACAUCCGAAGCCACGAAGAAUGACAGUGACGAUUGUGCCAUUGCUGAGGAUCUGCCAAAUGGUCAAGAUAGUCCGGGAAAGCAAACUGAUCCAGACACUGAGAUGGUUUCUGAAGAUGAGCUUCCAGCUCCCACUCAGCCCAAAGUCCAAGAUGCAGAGGAAGUGUCUGAUGAUGAACUUCCUGGACCGAAGCUCGCAGAACUUCCAGCUGAUACGGAAGUUGUUUCUGAGGAUGAAUUGCCGACUGCAGCUAAAGGCAAGAGAAAGGCGGAUGAGGGCUAUGAUCCGGGAAGCCCCACAGAGUCCACAGAAGCGCCCGAGAAGAAGGCAAAGAUUGAGACUGUGGCCGAGGAGCCAAAAAAGAAACUUCCGGAUUUGGACAAAUACUGGAAGGCUGUCAAUGAUGAUCCCACGGAUUUUACCGCCUGGACUUAUCUGCUGCAGUAUGUGGACCAAGAGGUCGAUAUUGAAGCUGCCCGGGAAGCAUAUGAUGCCUUCCUGGCUCACUAUCCGUACUGCUACGGUUACUGGAGGAAAUAUGCUGACUACGAGAAACGUCGUGGGAACAAGAAAAAGUGUGAAGAGGUCUUUGAACGAGGCCUCAAGGCAAUCCCAUUAUCAGUGGAUCUUUGGAUACAUUAUUUGGGCCAUGUUAAGGGCAAUUAUGGCGAAGAUGAAGCCUUUGUUAGGUCACAGUUUGAACGAGCUCUUGCAGCUUGUGGCCUGGAAUUCAGAUCGGACAAACUCUGGGAGGCUUACAUUAAAUGGGAGACAGAAGGGAAGAGAAUUGGCAAUGUUGCUGGAAUUUAUGAUCGUUUGUUGGGAACACCAACUCAAGGAUACAAUGGGCACUUUGAUAGCUUCUCUGAGAUUGUCUCGAACAAUGCACCGCAAGUUGUGUUGUCCGUGGAGGAAUUCCUGAGGGUUCGUGGAGAAGUCCGGGAAGCCAGUGGAACAGGAACCAAAACUACAUCAAAAGUCAAUGAUGAAGAUGUAAUUUUGGUGGGAGCAGACAAAGAGAAUGUAGAGAAGGGUAAUGAAAAAGUGUCUGAAGAGAAGAAAGACAAUGAAGAGAAGAAGGAAGAAGCUGAAGAAGAAUCCGCUGAAAAGAAGGAUCCUGUUGAAAAAAUGGAAGUUGAUGGCGAGGAGAAAAUUGAUGAGGAAAAGGCUCAAGAGGAGCAGCCAGAAAAGGCUGAAGAAGUUGAAGCAGAGCCCGAAGUAGAAGCAGAUGAUCAUGUUGCAAAUGAAGAAGAGGCUCAAGCCAUUAAAGACAAAAUUCUCUCGUCACGCCGGAAACUCCAUAAACAGACCGUUGCAGCGGUUACAGCUCGAUGGAUUUACGAGGAAGCCAUAAAGCGUCCAUAUUUCCACGUGAAACCCCUGGAGAGGUGUCAAUUGAAGAACUGGAAGGAUUAUCUGGAUUAUGAGAUUGAGCAGGGUGACAGAAGGAGGGUUCUUGUACUCUUUGAGCGUUGUCUAAUUGCCUGUGCCCUCUACGAAGAUUUCUGGCUCAAACUCAUUCGUUACCUAGAAAGUCAGGGUGAUCCAGAAUUAGUACCAGCCACAAGGGAUGCCUUCGAACGGGCCUGUACUGUUCAUCAUCCCGAUAAGCCGAGUUUGCAUCUCAUGUGGUCAGCAUUUGAGGAAUGUCAGAAUAAUCAUCCCAAAGCAGCGGAAAUUCUUACGAAUCUUGAAAAAGUUUGUCCAAAUCUCCUGCAAGUAGCCUAUCGUCGGAUAAAUCUGGAACGACGUCGUGGGGACUACGUUAAAUGCAGCCAACUCUAUGAGCACUACAUUGGCGUGGCCAAAGGGAAGAAUAUGGCAAGCAAUCUUGCAAUAAAAUAUGCCAGAUUUUGUCACAAAGUCAAAGGGGAUCUCGAUGGUGGCAUGGAAGUGUUGAAGAUUGCCCUAGAGAAGGAUACCAGCAAUACAAGGAUUGCCCUUCAGAUGAUUGAUUUGGCACUGCAGAGGCCAAAAGUGGACGAGAAGGAAGUGGUGGAGAUUAUGGACAGUUUUAUGGGAAGGGAGGGAAUGGAUGCAGAGCAGAAAGUGCUUUUUGCACAGCGAAAAGUGGAAUUCCUGGAGGAUUUUGGGAGUACAGCCAAGGGACUACAAGAUGCUCAGAGGGAACUGCAGCAGGCUCUCGCGAAAGCCAAUGAGUCCAAGAAGAAGGCGAGCUCUUCGGAGGCUGCUGCGCCAAAGAAGAGCAGCUCAAAAGACAGUCAACCACCCCUGCCCACCACAGGAGCCGGCAGCUCCUCCACCUACAACACCUACAACUACAGUAGCUCGAGUCAGGCGGCCGCCAGCAGCUACUACGGAAGCAGUGCAGCAGCUCAGUCCGGCUACGGUUCCUACGCAGACGCCAACUACGGCUACAACCACUGGAAUCAGUACGGACAGACGGGCUACAGUGGCUACAAUCAGUGGAGCGGCUACGGCAGUUACUACUGAGCCGGGCAUUGCGCGUAAGAUUUUUUAAGAGAAUUUCUUUCAAAUAUGAUUCCAUCUCAAAAAUUUGGACAAAAAUAUGAGACAUUUUUGAUGAUCCCUCCUCCCCCCUCCUCCCCAGAAAUUUAGAAAAGGGAAGAUUUUCAAUUCCCUGAAUUAAAAAAAAGAUUUCUUUUAUUCUGAAAAGUCUUUCAAAUCAGAUGAAUCCUCUAAUAAAAUUGUAAACUGAAUAAUUAAUAGAUAUAUUUGGGCUUUAAAAAAUAUUGAAAGACAUUUGAGUUGCAACACUGAAAAGGAAAUUUUAUUAAAAUUUUUCUUUUCGACAAUUUUCACAUUAAAAUUAUAUGAAAAUAAUUAUUAAAAAAAAAAGAAAAUCGAGUGAAAGGAUAAGAGAAGAAUUACUGGAACAAGAAAAAUGAUGAUGAAAAACUUUGAAGAAAAAAUGAGAUGUGUAGAAAAUAAAGGGACAUUUUUAAUGAAGAACACA